AGAAGUGUGAGUUUUAUUUCGGAGGAUGGUACUGAGUGGGGUCCCUAUCAAAGGAUUGCUACAACCUAUGACAACAUCAACAUUAAAGUUGUAAAUUUUGGCCUGGAAGCUCCCCCACCCUUUCAGACGGGGACACAGUGGAGGUACAAGAUAGCCUGGCAUGUGCCGACCAGCUCAGCAAUUCUACAGGCUGGACUCAUUAUAUCAGCCCCAAAACAGGAGAGAAGCAUAAACAUUAAGUUCUGGUCCAGUUCAGAUAGUUCAUCUGACUUUGUGACCUCUCAGCACCCGCUAGCUCUCUAUGUGGCGGUCAACCGGGAUCUUGCCCCCGUGCUGAACGCCCAAGUGGUCAUUUCUGUCACUGUUCUAACAGAAAACUCCACAGAGUUAAAAAUGCCACCAUUUAAUUUAUUCGAUAAUGGAAACGGAGAUCCCGAUAUCCAAGGUAGUGAUGGCAUAUAUUCUCGGUAUAUGACCGAGUAUCCAGCCAUUGGUCGAUACAUAUUUACCGUUACGGUCUCUGAUAACAGCGGAGAAGCUGUUUAUGUGACAAAGGCAUUGAAUGUUACUGAAAGAUCUUCUGGAAGCUUCUUGAAGUUUUCAAAUGAAGAGCUUAAAUCAAUGGGAGUAUUCAGUCGAAUGUUUAAUAUUCCUGGCCUAAAUUUGCUGCAGGUUCCAACUUCCGAUGACAUUGAUAGAAUGCCUCCUGGAAAAGUUGGAGAUCUUCAAAUUGAUGUUCUUCCCGCAUCCAUGAGCCUUCUAGCCACCUGGACAGCUCCUGGAGAUAAUUAUGAUUCUGGAAUAGUCCAGGGCUACAUAUUCUUCUUCUCAAACUCUAUCAGUGAACUUUUAGAUCCAACUCAAGAUGCUCCAAUCCUACUGGAGCUUGAUAGGUCAGAUACAGCUGGGGUUCACACCAGCUUCCAGUUUAAAUUUAGCUACGUUGAAGAGCAGUAUUAUAUUGGUAUAGUUGGGAUAGAUGCUGCAAAUAAUACCGGGAAGAUGUCUAAUAUUAUUCCUGUAAUCAUGCCAACCAUCAUUGCAGAUUCCAGUAAGACAGUUGAAGACAGGUCUGUUGAGAUGUCUUUAGAAGAAACAGACAGUGAUUGGACCAUGAUUGGAGCAUUAUGCGGAGCUAUUCUUCUUCUUGGACUUUUCCUUCUUGCGGGAAUUAUCUACUUUUUGAAAUUUGCCAAACCAAAGAAACCCAUUGUUAUCCCAGUGCAUGGCAGGGAUGAUGGCACUGACAGCAACUGUAGCACUGAUUCUAAAAACACCAGCAGUCAUAGGUUGAUGCCAGACAUUACAACAGUAGCUGGGACCCUCCCUUUAUUUCAGGCUCCACCCAGCACCCUCCCUGACUCCACCCCCACCUACUGGUCAGCUACACAGCUACUCACAGAGCAUGAACAGCGAGCGCUUAAUCUUUCCUACAGCGCUAUCCACAGUCCUAUGGAGACCAUUAGGGAGGAGUAUAUUGGAUAUCCAGAGGAAUUCCCUGAAUCCUCGAGACAUGAUCCGGGGAUCACAAAUUUGGGAUUUAGUCGGAACAACAACGGUACUCCCAUCCAUGGAGUCUUUACAACUCGGGAAGGAUCAAUAAGAUCCGGUAAAUACAGGCUUGAACCUGAGGAUCCAAGCCAUGAUCGACAUAGUGCCGCUAGUUCAAAUCUCUCAGAAUCUGUCAUCUCUGUCGGAUCAAAUCUCUUCCGCAGUAUGGGCAGUACUGAACCUGAGGGAGAACCUGUACGGUACAGUACAGCUGUUCAAACUACGGCACCUAGUACUACUGCAUCCAUGCGGUACAAUCGUACACGAAAUGUGAGUCUAGUCUAAAGAUAAAGCCAAAUCAAAUAACUCUGAUAAUAAGAUGAAAUUGAAGAUCUAUUCAAUGUCCCUUUCAACUCCAAUUCAACUCAAAACAUUAAAAAUGAUGAUCUAUCUGUACUGCAAUAUUGGAAUAAUAGUUAAUAAACUUUUUAGGAAUUUGAACUGCAACCCUAUGUGAACCUAAAUAAGGGUUCCUUGUUCUUAAAUGUGUAGCUUUCUGCAGUUGAUAAUACUAAGCUAUAUACUAGUACUUUUAAAUAAAUGAUUCUAAUAGCCA